AUGCCUCGCCGUAAGAAGAAUCAUAGCCGCAAGUCUGAAGCAGGCCUUAAGGCCCAGAAGGGAGCUCAGGGCGCGGUGGGUGCAGCCGUUCCCGUAACUGGGAAGGAAGCCGCCGCCUCCUCUCUCUCUCCUUCGAUCCAGGGCACCCCAGAGGUGGUGUCUGCUGCUGGAAAACCACGUGUUCGCAAGAGUUCUCAGAAAGCCUGCUCCUCCACCAUGGUCAAAGCCACACCAUCGAGCAAACCAGAGGAGGGCUCCAGCAGCCCGAAACAGGGUCCAAGCAGCCCCCAGGCUCCGAGCACCUCCCAGGCUCCACCGGAUCCUGAGUCACCGCUCAGUGAUGCGCUCAACCAGAAGAUGGCUGAAUUGGUGCAGUUCCUGAGUGCCAAGUAUGUAACAAAGGAGCCUAUCACAGAGGCAGAAAUGCUGGAGAGUGUCCUCAAAGAGCACAAGGGCCACUUCCCUGUGAUCUUCAGGAAAGCCUGUGAGUGCAUGGAGAUCGUCUUCGGCAUCGAAGUGAAGGAAGGAGACCCCAUCAACCGUUCCUAUGUGCUUGUCAGAACCCUAGAUCUCACCUACGAUGGGUUGCUGAGUGAUGACCUGGGCAUGCCCAAGACCGGCCUCCUGAUCCUUAUCCUGGGUGUGAUCUUUGUGGAGGGCAACCGUGCCUCCGAGAAGAGGAUCUGGGAGGUGCUGAAGAAGAUAGGAGUGCGAGCUGGGAGGAAGGAUUUCAUCUAUGGGGAGCCCAGGAAGCUGAUCACCAAAGAUUUCGUGCAGGAAAAGUACCUGGAGUACCGCCAGGUGCCCAACAGCAAUCCUCCACGCUAUGAGUUCCUGUGGGGUCCCAGGGCCCACAGUGAAACCAGCAAGAUGAAAGUCCUGCAGUUUUUUGCCAAGGUCAGUGGCACUGACCCCACUUCCUUCCCAUCCUGGUAUGAGGAGGCUUUGAGAGAUGAAAGAGAGCGAGCCCAGGCCAGAGUUGCAGCCACCAAUGAUAGUGGGGGCAAGGCCAGUGAGAGUUCCAGUGUCCCACUUGGCAGCUUCUCCUGCCCUGAGUGA